AAAGUUAAACUCAGGUAGCUACCAGAGUUUUACUGUUACUUCUGAUCUGUCAGUAACUGCCGUCUCAAUAACAUAAUGUCCGCAACGAUAUCCACAGUUAAAGACAGAUAGGUCCUUUCCCUCACAAAAAAUGCGUUACGUUUCGUUUCUUGUAAAAAAUAUUAUUUUUGCUUAUAUGAUAUAAGCUUCAGUAAAUUUGUACUUUUAAAAAACCUGCUUUUUUUAUUUAUACGAAAAUGGUGGACUUUUAAAAUAAAAUAAUGAUGAAAUGCUUUCUAACAUGAUGCAAUAAAACGCAUUUUUGACAUUUGCCAGCAAAUGACGCGACGCUAUCGCGCUGUCAAAUUCCCGCGCUCGCUCGCAACUGUUUUGUGUUUCGAAUAUCGACUUGUGAUUUGUUUGGAAAUCUAAUUUGUAUUUAUAAAUUACCUAGUGUGUAAUUUUCUUAUAAAAUGGCUGAGCAACAAAAUAUUAAAGCUAAACCGCUUGUAAAGGACAGCAUAAUUCUUCUUCUGGACAUGAUAAUGAAAUAUCCAGUUAUAACUACCAAAGCGACGAACGCAACCAAUAACAAAUUAAAAGAGGAAGCAUGGAAGUCUAUUGCACAGGAGUUCAGUGCUGUUACGGGAGAUUUGCGGCGUCCUGAGCAAAUUCGACUCAAGUGGGAGAAUUUAAAGAAGUCUGCUAGGAAGCGUAGUGCUUUCAUUAGACAAAACAACCUUAAGACUGGAGGAGGGAAGUCUUUCAUACCUCCUGAUGAUGUUUUGGACAGAGUAGCAUCAAUUUUAGGUUCUACUUGCAAUGGCUUACCUGCGGAGUUUGGUGGUGAUGCGGAUGAAGCUAUUGCUAGCAAAGCCGCUGAAGCAAUUGUAGAAGUUUUUGACUUCCAGCCAUUGCCAGAAAUAGUUCAGGGCAGUAGCGUUGUUGUGUUGGGUGGUGACUGUGGUGGUAAUGGUGGUGGUGGUGAUUGUGGUGGUAAUGGUGGUGGUAAUGGUGGUACUUACACACCAAAUAACUAUAUUUUUAACACUCCAAAAAGUGCCAUGAAUAAACGGAGAAAGCUCUCUGAAGAAGUACAGAGAGCUCAGCGAGACAAAGAUCUGGGGUUGGCAGCUUAUUUUCAAGCCAAGGCACAAAAAGUAAUAUUAGAAAAUAAAAAAAUAGAAUUAGAGAAUAUUAAACUAGAAUUAGAAAUAAAAUUAAUGAAACAGAAAAUUAACUGUAAUGAUUAGUUUAAGUUCCCAAUAUUUAUAAGUUAGUCUUUACAUGUUUUGAUUAGUUAUUAAGUUUUGUCAUAUUUUGUAUAGUUAAGAGAUUGUGUUUGUUUAAUUAAAAAUAUUGUGUCAGUAUAUUCUCUUUUUCUUUAUUA